UUUCAAAAAGUGAUCUUUGAUCGUAAUAAUUUUUUGUUUUGGUUAUAGUGCAAUAUUUUUGCAAUGUGUGAGAUGGCAUUUAAGAGGUCAGUUCUAGUACAGGAACGUUGAUUUUUAUGUUGAUUUCAUAAUGAGAUUUUUUGAUUCAGUUAUUUUGCUUUCUAUCAUUUGUGUUGGAUUUGCACUCGGUCACAAAUCUUUCAAAGAUGUAGACGAAAGAAGUCUGAAGAUUAAGAAGUCUGAAGAUAAACUAAAAGUCAAAUCUCAAGCAAUUCAGAGACAUUUCUAUGAAGGAAAUAAAGCAGAUUUUCAAAGCAGUAAAAACAUAUCGGUUAUAGCAUUUGGAAGUUGCAGCAAACACACUCAUAGACAACCAUUAUGGAAAAAUAUUUUGGCACAAAAGCCUGAUUUAUGGAUAUGGCUUGGAGAUGCUGUUUAUGCAGAUACCAGGCUAAUGCCUUUUGUAUGGAUUGUUGCCAGCCUACCUGAAAUGCAACAUAGGUACAAGCUGCAGAAAGACCAUCCUGAGUACCAGAAAUUUCUACGUUCAAAUAUACCAAUCAUUGGCGUUUGGGAUGAUCAUGAUUAUGGUUCAGAUUUUGGCAAUAAGUAUUUCAAGUACAAAUACAGGGCACAGGACAUUUUCUUGGACUUCCUGGAUGAGCCAUUAGACAGCUUGAGAAGAAGAAGGCAAGGAACAUUUGCAUCAUAUAAAUUCGGAGAAGGAAACAGAUCAGUUAAGAUAAUUCUGUUGGAUGUUCGCAGCAAUGCUGAGCCUAGUCACCCAUGUGAUCUUCUUGGAGAACACCAAUGGCAGUGGCUUGAAGACCAGCUAACGAAUGAUGUCACACAAAUCACCAUGAUUGGGAGUGGUAUGCAGAUAGUUUCUGAUAUUCCCUUUAUUGAGAAAUGGCAAAGGUGUGUUUCAAGCUUAGAUAGGCUUGUUUGGCUGACACAAAAGCGGGACCACGUAUUUUUUUUGAGUGGAGAUGUACACUUUUCAGAAGUCAACUGCAUGAACGCAACAAGCUCUGGUUACCCAUUGUAUGAAGUGACGUCGAGCUCGAUGACGCAUUCUUGCUCAUCCUCCUUGUUGCCCUAUGGCAUUUGUGAUUGGACCCUAAAAAAUGUGGUUGCAUCAUGCUUUAGAGUCACUAAUGUUGUAACAGAAAUCAACUACGGAUUAAUAAAAAUCGACUGGAAUGCCAAACCAGUUCAAAUUGCAUUGGAGAUUCAUGGUGAAAAUGAGAAAUUAUCGUCUAUAGCAAUUCCCUUGAGCGAUCUAGAAAGGAAAAUUACCCCGGCUAGCUGUCCCGUGACCGUUGAGCAGCCAAACUGGUACUGGAAGCGUGUAUUCUGGGCAUCAGUCAUCAUCCUAGGAGUUGUUGCAGGCCUAGCUGCACUAUGGUUGUCUAUAAUUUCUUGUCGAUGGUUUGUAAAAGAAGUUCUCAAAGAUAUUGACGUUAAGAUAAAAAAUGGCAUGGUAAAACUUAGGAAAAAGAAUAAAGUGAAACAUGAUUAAUAGCUUAUUUUAUUAAUUUUAGAAGGAAUUCUUAAAAUGAACAUCAAAACUGUUAGAGAAUGUUUAACCCAAUUGACGUAAUAGAGCACCGAAGUGUGACGUCACCAAAAAUGACUGUUGACUGAAAAAUGAAAGUUGACUGAUUUUGCAUAUUUCAUGAGGUACUUCAUGAUUCUCUUUGAGGUUAUAGGAUCAAAAUUCAAAAAUUCUAAAAAUAGAUUUUUGUGACGUCAUCAUUUCUGUGCUCAAUUACAGACCUUGUUCUAGGUGUUCUCCUUUUGCUAGUUAUUGCAUUCUUCCUCCCGUCACGACCGUCCCGUCCAACAAAAAUGCCUCCACACAGUGUUACUGAAACAAUAGUAUGUUGGAAACUGUCUCUUCAAAUUUGUUCCAAUUUACUGAAAACUGUUGAUAAUGAGAAUAUCCAACCCAACAAGCGAGAACUGCGUGGACUGUGUACCCCUGCUUCAAACACCGAUAACUAUGUCAGCUGAGAUUAUGAUUGGGAAAAACAUAUCCUAAGUAAUUCGUUCGAAAUAUUACUCUUGUGCUGCAAUUGCUGUUAAGAUUUUACCUCUAGACGGGUAGCUGGGCAAAAGAAAUUUGCUUCGUCAUUAUUAUUGUUUUUAUUCCUUUGAAAUAGGCCUUAGUGCUUUAACCAAUUACAAAGCAGCAAACUAUACUGGAAAUUAGCCAAGGCCCAUCUUAGUACAAAGAUUUUCAAUUUUGAAAAAGUAAUUCGUAAUAUUAGGUAUGGAAUUAGCAAUUUAGUUUAUUUCAAUUAUUUUAAUGAAUGUUACUUUUGCAAGUUA